GCCGCUUUCGUUUUUCCCUCAAGAGCCAGCCGCCAGCUGCCUUGGAGCCCUGUUCCCCGACGGCUGCACGAACUGCGGGCUGGAGCGCUGCGCCCCUGCCCUCCCCCGAGACCCACUGACCAUGCACAGCCGAACCAGGGUUCCUUUCUCCCAGCCUGCUUUCUCCUCUCCUGCUGCUUGGGACACAGCUGGGAGGCGGCCGGAGCUGGGCUUGCCGCAAGGCCGGAGGCUGGGUCCUGGUGCUUCCCAGGAAGAGCCGUCGCUGGAGAGCUCCGGAGCUGGACACCCGACCCAAGAGCACAUGGCCGGGUUUACCGUGAUAGCUCCAGAUCAGAUCCGAAGAGACAAGAUAACGAGGAUUGCUAAGAAAGAAUUGGAAGAUUUGGAGAAGUGGAAACAGCAACAACGGUCUAGGCCAAUCCACACAAAGCCAAAUAAACUAGGUGGAAACCAAUCAGAGGCUGAAGCUAGGAAGAAACAACAAUGUCAACUCUUACAGUCUAAAUACCAGCAAAAGCUAAAAAGGGAAGAAUGUAUAAGGAUGCAGAAGGAAGUAGAAGAAGCUAAACUCCAAGCAAUAAAGGCGAUUCAGAGAGAAAAGAGCAAUAAAUUGGAGGAAAAAAGAAGGCUUCAAGAGAGGCAAAGAAGAGAAGCAUUUAAUGAUCAACCUCCCUGCAAAUCCUCUGAAUUCUUGAGUAGCCUGGAACCAAAGGUUCCUACCAGAAGCUCCCAUCAAACUUCUCAUCCUGACACACAAUGCACAAUAUGGAAACUCCCUGCCCUGCCUAAGGACCACAACUUGGCCAAAAGUGAAGUGCUUAAGAACACCCUUAAAGAGCAAGAAAAUCAGAAACUUCAUAAGAUGAAGGAUGCACAAUGCAAGAAGGGUGAAUUACUAGAAUUUAAACGACAGUGGCAAGAGGAGGAAAGAACAAAAGCUCACCAACGUGAACAGAGGAGGGUAAAUAAUGCUUUUCUGGACCGGAUAGAAGGCAAAAGUCAACCAAGUGGCCUCCACCAGUUUGGAGGCUUUGGAAAUAUGAAUUGUGGUAAAGGCUGGGGUAUUUGAGAUAUUCUGCACUUUCAUCCAGCCUUAGUCAACUGACCUUGAAAAAGCCCUGGGGAUAUUUUUUUUCUUCUAAUGCAGUCUUGUUCAGCUCCAUUGUGAUUUUGUUUUUUUACUCUGGCUUCUGCAUCACCCCCACUUCAGUAAGCAAUCUGCAAUGACCAGUCUGUCCCUUGCAUUAUGUAUGGGUAUUUUCAGCAGUUGAUUAGCAAGCUCAUAUUUAAUCUUUAAUGACAGUGAAAUGUUUCAUUAUUUUUGUAAUUUGUUUUGCCUCUUGUCAGAAGUAUAAUUAUAGCAACCUUAGUGAUCUAGAGGAAUGGAAGAUAGAAAAUAUUUGCCCUGUUGCCGGUACUUAAAGCCACGAGGGGAGCAGGGAUUUUUGUAUAUUCAUCCAAAUUUGGGGUUGGCUUAUAGAAGUUCCUAGAAUCUUUAGGGUUUUAUAAUUCAUUCUUUUUUUAUCUUAGCUAAAGAACUCAUACAAUAGAAAAUUAAGCAUAUUUUAAUGUCUUUUUAUUGAAAUUUAUUAAUAAAAUGUUAACUGUCUCAGAAA